UCUACGUUGGUACCAGAAUGAUAACUGACAUGAUUGAUAACUGACGAGCGGCGCAUUACACAAUUCAUCGGUCAUUUCUCCACAAGUCUUAGACGGUGUUAGUGUCAGAGCGCGGAACGCAUAUUUUAGUGUCUAAAAUAAUACUUGAGAAGUACGAUGAGCAAGGUCGCGAAUAAAUCGGUUACGUUUCCCAUGAAGCCCCCUGGUCAAGCAAAGGUAUGGAAUGUGGUUGAUUGGAUGAAAAAAGAUAGCAAUGAACCACCGAUUAGGAUUUCGAUUCAAGAGAUACCCGAAGACAGGUACGAGGAUGUCCUUGAUCAUAUGUGCACCUAUUUCAUUGUCGACGAACCUAUUUGCAAGUGCAUGAAUGGGGCAGAGGACCCAGAGUACGUAGCACAGUUUCGAAAAACUUGGACGAUGCUUUUAAACCAAGGGUUGUCCGUGGGGGCGUUCGCGGAUAACCCUGAUGGAGGCAAACCAAUCAUAGCGGGUGCCAACAUACUGGGAUUGACCUUCGAGGGAGAAACUUUAGAGGAACUGGAUAUGCAUGAAAAGGAAAAAAAAAUAAUGGUGGCUUUAGAUGAACUAUGCCACGAAGCUGGUGUAUACAAAAGAUACGGAGUAGACAGAUACAUGUCCGCUCUUGGAUUAUCUGUGCAUCCAUCGUUUCGGGGAGCUGGUCUGGGAUAUCAUCUUCUUAAAGCAAGGGAAAACAUAGGUCGCGAGUACAAUAUCCAAGUGACAAGUACCGUGUUCUCUUCGCCGAUCGCGCAGAAGCUGGCUGCGCGAUCGGGGUUCGAAGAUCUCCUCACGAAAGAGUUCAAAGACCUCGUCGACGAGAAGGGAGAACUCUUUCCAAAUAUCACCUCAAAAAUCGUCAAAGUGUCGGCGAAGAAGCUGUAUUAACGUUGACGAUUCGUUGCUAGAAAAGUUACGGCAAUUAGCAUAUUACACGAGCUCGAUGCUUGGGAAGACCUGGGCAAUUUUUAAACGUUAUUUCGGGUGAAACGUUGAAAAUGAUAAAUUUGUAUCAUUGUUCGAAACGGCCUUGACAAUCCGCAGAUGUAGCACCGCGAGGAACUGUUAAUGAUUCCAAUGGGGGAAAAAACUGGAUCAAUAAAACUACUUCAUUAAGUCACUGACAUCGUGCACGUGGACUGAAGUCAUCAUUUUGUGAUGAAAUAUGGCGCACCGUUGCCAAUGUAACUUUUUUACAGGCGAAGUAAAUGUGUUUUUUUCAAACAUCGUUUGCGGAUACCCCAUUAAAAAUGGAGCAAAUAAGCGCACACCAUUUUUUAAUAAAAAAAAGUGAAUCUGAAUCGCAGUCACGUAAAUCGUUUCUGCCUUUACGUAGAGAAAAAAUAAAUAGAAGAUGGAAUGUGUACACACAUAAUUUAGUAUCAUAUAAGUGUUGGAUCAAUAAAAUAAUAAAUUCUAAGCGUAACAUUCUUA